GAGCUGGUCCGGCAGGGAGAGGCUCUGAAGCGCACGGAGCAGAUGGUGGAUAAAAUGGACCAGGACUUGAAAACGAGUCAAAGGCACAUCAACAGCAUCAAGAGUGUCUGGGGGGGCUUGGUAAACUACUUCAAAGCCAAACCCCCAGAGAGCAAGCCAGAGCAGAAUGGAGCCCCUGAAUAUUAUGCUAACAGCAGGUUAAAAGAAGCAAUGAUGUCUAGUAAAGAACAAGAGUCAAAAUACCAGGAAAGCCAUCCAAAUUUAAGGAAGCUAGAUAAUUCAGACAAUGACUUCAACAAAGCAGAGUUAGUUUCUUCAGUGCAAAGUGAUGCCUACCCAAAGAACCAACAACUGCGAGCUUACCACCAGAAGAUUGAUACCAACUUAGAUGAGAUGUCCUCUGGGCUGAGUCGCCUGAAGAGCCUUGCUCUCGGCCUGCAGACUGAGAUAGAGGAGCAGGAUGAUAUGUUGGAUCGACUCACAAAGAAAGUAGAGACACUGGAUGUCAACAUUAAAAACACUGAUAGGAAAGUCCGACAGCUUUAGAGGAUUUUUAGAAUUUCUUUUGUUCAGUGUUGGUUCAUCCUGAAUGCCUCAUCUCAACCCAAUCUCUUAAAAGCCAUCUUGGGCGGUAUCUGUUUCUCCUUUUUUUCUGCUCUGUUACUGGUUCUGUUGUCAUUAAAAUUGCAUCGCCUUAAGUCAGCACAAUACUUUACAUUUCCUCUUAGUCUACAUGGGAAAAGUGCAUGUGGAGUGGAAUCCCCCAGCACUGGGUCAGGGUGCCCCCUCAGUUGUGUAACCACCUUGUGUGUGUGGAGGGAUUCACACUCCAUGGACCUGCAGUGUCCUUGGCUGGGAGUGUGAUGAGAAAAGGAGCUGCACUUUUGCCUCUCUUUUGGGGAGGAGGCAGGGGGAACAGAAUGUGCUGCUUUGUUCAGAAGAAAUGUUGCUAAUUCUGUUUACCUACAGAUAUGUUAAAUUCAGAAAAAAAUGCUGAUUUCCAGCUGCAAAAAUAUUUUUAAGUGACUGUUCUGCAGCAUUUCUGGGGCUUAAGGAAUGAACUGUUCUGUGGAAGUUGUAAAAUAUCAAGGGUGUCAUGCAGCAAUGGUAAUAUCCUGUGUGUGUUCCCUUUCCUAAGAUGAUUUUGCCCAAAUGGUGCAUCCACAAAUUGUGGUUUUUAUGUUUGGGUAACUAAAUACUUUUGCUUUUACAGUCUUGUCAGUAAAGAUCUCUAAGUGUAUCUUCUGGUCUGCAAGAAAUGUUCAUUGACAGUGACCCAAAAUGUUUGGGUAACAAAAUCAGGACUUAAUGCUCUCAAAGAUUCUUUUGCAGAAAUGGUCACCAUCUGUUUUUAAUUUUCUGCUGUUUCUCACCUUAUUCAUUUAGGUGGUUAUUUGAAAAAUCAGCUUCCAUUUCAGAAAUGGAGAGUUGAUCUGAUAGCACAAGCAGAUUGUAGAAGACUAUUCUUUAGCAUUUGUUUCAGAUGUGAUUACAGCCAGAGCAGAUGCUGCGCUUUGCUAAUUAAUGUGAUUGUUAAGAAACUCCACUAUGGUUCCCGUGCAUCUGCACUGGCUCAGCAGGUAUGAAUAAUUCCUGCAAAUGAAGAAAAACCCAAAACCAUUUCUUGAGUCUUCCAGAUAGAAUUUGGGCUUUCGCUUUGUUUUGUUCUUUUGUAAGGGUCACUUAGAACAAAAUCACAAUUCUGCUCCAGCCUGAAGACAUGACAGUGAGAACUUGCUGUCUGCCUUGAAAACAAGCAAGGAACUCCUGUUUGGAGAGCCAAGGGACCUGUGUCAGUAUUGGAACAUCACAGGUGACAGUGUGUGGCCAGUAAGAGAUUGUUACUUCUUUUGAACUAGUGCCACGUUGCCUUAUGAAUUAAAGAAAGAUUUUGGUGUUCAGGGCUGUCAAGCUUGUCCUCCCCACAGAUGUCACAUUCACACCCCACUCAUUCCUUUUCCAAGGGAUGUUUCCUUGAGCUCACUUGCCACAAGGUGCAUCCAGUUGUUAAGGGGAAAAGAGAAACUGAGCCUUUCUUGUUUUACUGUGUCUCCAGAAAGUUCACUCAGAAAAAUAAGUCACUAAAAGCUACACUUAUUGGACAUAGUAUUUUGGAAAAAAAGUACUAUUGCUGGCAUACAGGCAGGGUUGAGUUGUGAAUUAGAUUUAAGGUGAGCCUCUGUUCCCUUUGUUACGGGUGGCAUUUAUUUCAGUCCCCCCCACAAAUGUCUCUUUUGGAGGGUCAUAAAACUUCAAGAGCAAUUGAGUACCUUUAAUUGCUUUUUAAUUUUUCAGUUUGUAUCAUUUAUGCACAUAAAUAAUUAUAAAUACCCUAUUAAUAUUAAUAUAUCAUUUUACUGUUUGGGUUUAUACCAUGAUUAAUUAUCUUACUCUGUUAGAAUAUUUAUUAAUUAUAUAAUUUGAUGUCUCAAGAUAGCUGAUACAUUUAUUUUGUAAAUUAUAUAGUUACUAGUGUUCAUAUGUUAAGUACCUCAGUGAAGGAAGAUCAAAAUUUUGAUUAUACCUGGUUUAGUUUCUUAUUUGUUUAAUUAACACUCCUUUUAGUGUGAAUUCUGCCUUCACCUGUAAGCAGCUGGGUGACAACAACAACUCAGUGUUUGCUCUGAUAACAAGGGUGGACACUGAGUGAGACUUUCUUGACUAAAUUAUGGCCAUGAAGGAAAAAUGUCACUGGAGGAUCUGGUUGUGUUAUGUGUAGUGAGAAGUCUGGAGCUUGAAUCCAAGCAAAAAUCUUUGAUUUAAGGGUGAACUGUGCUGCCUUUCUCAUGUAAGCUAUUCCAUUUUUAGUCUAAGUUAUUUCACAGAAUUAACUCAAGUUUUUGAGCAAAUGUUAGUUGUGCUGGCCUUAUGAAAUAACCAAUGCAUCCUGGAUAUCUUUGAUGCCUUUAAAAACACAGGCAGGGCAGGGAAAUAAAAAAUAAAUCCCUGUUUGUGCUUUGAGAAUGCCCUGAUCUCAGCCAUGUGGAGUCUGUACAGAGGGGUAACUGCUCCUAACAACCCAUCCACUGCUCAGUCAUGUGUGCCUGCCUUUCCUUAGCUUUUCCUGCUCUGCUGAUUGUUUUGGUUUGGUUUUAAUGGCCUUGUUUUAAAGGAUCAUUUCCCACACUGGGUUUCUUUUGCAGGAGGAAAAAAUGGUGCAUGGAUAUAAAAGAAUUUCUGCUACAAACUGAAUUGCUUGUCUCUGCUUUCAUAUUGAUUUUUGCCGAUAACAAACUUAAGUCCAACUGACAUGAGGAGACACCACUAUUUUAUAAUAGUGAUGAUGUUUUUUAUCUCUUGGAAUAAUUUUCCAUCCUACAGGAAAAGGAAGUUUAAAGGAAAAUAACCACAUGAUUUUUGCUUUUCCAGGAAAUGCCAUUUUGCAUGUAUAGUGAAGGAUUUACUUCAGUAGCUUUUCUUACUGUUUCCUCAGAUGGACUUUUAUUUCUUCUUGGGUACUGUUGAAAAACUUUAACUGUGUAGAGUCCAGCACUUUCAGAAGAAGUUUUAUUUGCACUCAUGUGCUAAUUUUUGAUAAAAUAAAUUAUUUGGCCUGCAUAUUCAUGUUGGCAUAUAAGCUGGUGUUCUUGCAGCAAAAUAGCUCUGGUUAAUUUUCUUGGCUUGGGUAGAAGUUUAAUAAGGUCAGAAGAAGAUGGCAAAAAAACCAAAACAUUUUAAGUAUUCUUUAUGAAAAGCAAAUUUCCAGUUUCUCAAAAAGUUUGCUAAUUAAUUUUGAAGAGAUCUUAAACACUGGGAAGUAGCACAUGCCCUUCAUAACUCAGAUAGAAAAUUCUAAAAGCAGCAAGGAAAAAGAACGGGAAUAACCAGUAUCUGAUGACUAGACUCCUAGGUGUAUUCAACUUUUAAAUUUCCUGAGCAUUGAAUUAAAUCUUGUAACAAAUGAUAUGUAGCUGAAUUUUAGGCUGUACUACACAGAUUGUUUUGCUGUGCUGAGCUGUAUGGGCCCUACCAAAAUCAUUGGGACAUGAUGAUGUCAGGGCUUCUUCUAAUGUGUGAAAUUCACCUGAAAUAUUUUGCUGCCUAGUAGUCCUUGUGAACUGAUGUCAUUUGUUAAAUGGUGAAAUAGAAAAUACUUUCCAACCAGUCUGCCUUCUAAACAAACAUUUUUGUAGGCAUUUUUACAAGCAUAACAUCAUAUGGAAGAUGUGUUAAUUUUGUAUGGAGGAUAUGUGUUAAUUUUUACUUUGAAACACAUAGGACUUAAUUUUCAAAUCACAGGUAGUGAUUAUUUGUGUCUAUGGCUUUUUAAAAUAGAACUUUAAUUCUGUGCUACCCAGGUAUAACACUUUUUGUACAAGUCAAAUUGCAUUAUCUUUUAUUUAAAUGCUAAACUGGGCUGUAGUUCAGCAGUUGAAGAGAUUGAAUGGAAUGAGUGUUGAAUGGCAAGACAGUCAAUAAAGGUGCUUAUUGUUCAUGAA